AUGUCACUUAAAGGGAAAAAAAGGAAGCGUGACGGACCCGAAGAGGUCGAUAGCCUCAAGGAAGACGAGAAGGUGGGAACUUCUGUGGCACCGGUCAAAAGACGCCGUCUAGCACUGCUUCCAAAGUCUUCAACGAUCUAUAAGACAGAAUCUGAGCCAGGAAAUGGAGGGUUCCACGAGAUAACCUCACUCUACAACCUCAUUGCAGCCGACAAAACGCGGUAUAUCGAGCUCCUCGAUCAUACGCCCAAGUAUUCGUACAUGUUCCUUCGACCCCGACGUUGGGGCAAGUCAACCUUUCUUCAAACUCUCACCGAUUACUACGAUAAAACGAAGAAAGAUUCCUUCAACGAUAUUUUUGGCGAUCUUUAUAUCGGCAAGCAUCCCACGGCGGACCGAAAUCGUCUUCUUGUCCUUCGAUUUGAUUUCUCAGAAGUCUCUGGUGCCGACACAAAUGAAGGCAUAGAAAAAUCGUUCAAUCGCAUG